AGCCAGGCGCCAUCUUGUCUUGUUCGUGAAGUAGAAGCAUCAAAAGGGUUGGAGAGAUAUUACAGGAACGGUUAGAGAAAGGCGUGUUCCGGCAGCGGAGUGGGAUAUAAAUAUUCCUGCUGCUAUGCUUCCACGCUGUGAUCUGAAUCAACCUAAGUUUUAAUCAGAAGGUCAUCCUCUGAGAUAAAGAAUCAAGUAUAUUUUAGGAGAAAAGAUGUGGGAUCAAGGAGGACAGCCUUGGCAACAGUGGCCCUUGAAUCAGCAGCAAUGGAUGCAGUCAUUUCAGCACCAGCAGGAUCCAAGUCAGAUUGACUGGGCUGCAUUGGCUCAAGCUUGGAUUGCUCAAAGAGAAGCUUCGGGACAGCAAAGCAUGGUAGAGCAACCACCAGGAAUGAUGCCAAAUGGACAAGACAUGUCUACAAUGGAAUCUGGUCCUAACAAUCAUGGAAAUUUUCAAGGGGAUUCAAACUUUAACAGGAUGUGGCAACCAGAAUGGGGAAUGCACCAGCAGCCCCCACACCCCCCUCCAGAUCAGCCAUGGAUGCCACCAACACCAGGCCCAAUGGACAUUGUUCCUCCUUCUGAAGACAGCAACAGUCAGGACAGUGGGGAAUUUGCCCCUGACAACAGGCAUAUAUUUAACCAGAACAAUCACAACUUUGGUGGACCACCCGAUAAUUUUGCAGUGGGGCCAGUGAACCAGUUUGACUAUCAGCAUGGGGCUGCUUUUGGUCCACCGCAAGGUGGAUUUCAUCCUCCUUAUUGGCAACCAGGACCUCCAGGACCUCCUGCACCUCCUCAGAAUCGAAGAGAAAGGCCAUCAUCGUUCAGGGAUCGGCAGCGUUCGCCUAUUACACUCCCUGUGAAACAGGAGCCUCCGCAAAUUGAUGCAGUAAAACGCAGGACUCUUCCAGCUUGGAUUCGUGAAGGUCUUGAAAAAAUGGAACGUGAAAAGCAGAAGAAGUUAGAAAAAGAAAGAAUGGAACAGCAACGUUCACAGUUGUCCAAAAAAGAAAAGAAGACCACAGAAGAUGCUGAAGGAGGAGAUGGGCCUCGUUUACCGCAGAGAAGUAAAUUUGAUAGUGAUGAUGAAGAUGAAGACACUGAAAACCUUGAGGCUGCCAGCAGUGGAAAAGCCACAAGAAGUCCAUCUCCAGUCCCUCAGGAAGAGCAAAGUGAGCCAGAGAUGACUGAAGAAGAGAAGGAAUAUCAAAUGAUGUUGUUGACAAAAAUGCUAUUGACUGAAAUUCUAUUGGAUGUCACAGAUGAAGAAAUUUAUUACAUAGCCAAAGAUGCACACCGAAAAGCAACGAAAGAUACCAUGGUAUUGGUGUAUGACUUCUGAUAUAACUUUUUCUGACUAGUGAAUUUUGAAUUACAAACCUUCAGAAUUUUCAGUGUAUCAGUUAUAAUUCUUUCACAAACAAGUGAUUGUUUUCUCCCCCAUAUUUUUAGUAACACUUUAAAAAUAUAUGGAAAACAAAAAUUACAUGCCGUAUUUCAGAAACAUGAAUACAGAUAUAGUGGUCAACAUUUUUUAUCGUUUUAAACCAUUUUCAAGUCACAUCAGAAUUAGAUUUCAAAGCCAGACGUGCUACUGGUUUGAAGUGAAUGCUAUGCUUUUAAUGUUUCUUUUCUCCCCAAAAAGCAGCACUAGUAGUAGAUUUAACAAUACCAUAGACUCAGGACUAUGAAAUCGUGGCUAUUUGUGUUAACAUGUUGUUCCUGUUGUUGAUGUGAUACAAAGCUCCUGCAAAACAGCUGGCACAGUCCAGUGCACUGGCUUCCCUCACUGGACUCGGUAAGUGUUCUCAUUAUUUAUGAGAGGGCCUAAAGGGAAAGUCACACUUACAUUGUCUCUCUCCAUGUUGUGUUUUAAAACUGUACUAUUUUUACUCAGUUUAUAAAUCUAGGUCUCAGGGUUAUAACAGCAGUCUAUUAAAAAAAUUUUUUUUUUUUUAACUAAGACAUUCACCAUUGGGAAUAUUUAAAUGUGAUAGCUAAUUCAUAGUUAUUGGGGCAAAUUGUAAUGUGGAUUUCCUCAUCAGUUGCUCCAAUGCAUGCAUUUUGUAGAUAUUAAAUUAUAUGUUAUAUAUAUAUAUAUCUAUCUAUAGAUAUAUGCCAUAUCUAUAUAUAGAUGUGUGUAUAUAUAUGUAUAUAUGAUAUGUGCCUUAAUAGCUCAGAUUUAGCCCAGAUAAUAUCUAAAUUCACUUUCAGAAUUGAUGCGUACAUGCCUUAGGGAAAAAUCUGUUCAUUAAUGCUUUGAACAGCUGUUACGGAGAUUGUGUUGCAGCAAGUCAGGUUUUAACAGUAGAGAUAUAUUCGUAAUUUGCUACUUGCAUGUAUAUUACCAAGGCUCUAAAAGUUUAAAUUUGCCUUUUCCACAUCUCCCCUUCAACUUAGUUUAGUGAGGAUUAAGAAGAUGGGUUGAAUCACUUGCCCAUGCAGUUUUGUUAUGGUUGCUAUUUAGAUUGCUUCAGGGUGGGGAGUAGUUUGAAUACCAUUUCUGGUAGGAAGGGUUACAGUAUUAUGAUUUUCUUGUUUUAAAGAGAAAAAAUAGUGUACUACCUGGGGUUCUUACACUUUGAACAAUGAGAGAGAAGUUCAGAAAUAUUUUCAAGAGUCAUCAUCAUAAAUUUUGUAAAUGUGGUUGAAUUAAACUUUAGUGAGGCAUUGUUACUGCCUUGUUAAAUAAAUGGUUUUGUUCUUAGCAUGGAUGGCAAAGCAGAGUCAUUAUCAUGAUUCAUUUAUGAUGAGCAAUGUAUAAAAUAUUCCAGAAAGAUCAAAAUGCAGAGUAGCCACUGCCUGAGGCUUCAGUGACCUCCUUGAUUUUUAAAAUUUAUACUUCUCCCCACCCCGAAUAAGCAAAACUUCUUCCAGGAAAAGGCAAUGGAAAAAGAAAUGAAUUUUUUCUUCUCGGGCCUUAAAAUUUUUUGAAUGGAGAUUAUAAUUUUUUCAUAUGAUAGACUGAGCUUUAUGCACACAGGUGGACUGGGUGGCUAUGGAUCAGGAGACAGUGAAGAGGAGAGGAGUGACAGAGGCUCUGAGUCAUCUGAUACUGACGACGAGGAGUUACGGCACCGAAUCCGGCAAAAACAGGAAGCUUUUUGGAGAAAAGAAAAAGAACAACAGCUAUUACAUGACAAACAAAUGGAAG